AGGCUGCUCGGUGAUUCCGGCUGGAGCUCGGAGCGCGCGGAGCUGCGGGAAGAGUCUCGGUGUUUCCGGAUGAUGUGAAACUUCCACACCGCCGUAUUUAAACACAAUGCUGAACAGAAAAGUAGCCGGAGCGGAGCUGCUGAGCGCGGCCGCGGGGGUGGACCGAGGCCGGGUGGGGGAGAGGCUGCAGGCGGCGCUGGCCGGGCUGCAGGAGCUUCACCACCUGCGGGAGAAGCAGAGCGACAUGGUCCGCUGGGCGCUGCGGCUGGACCGGGAGCAGCCCGCCAGCUCCCCCGCUGUAAACCCCCGAGACUCGGACUCCAGCAGCGAGGAGCAGCGUCUCGAGGCCACGCUUACUGCCCUUAAACAGCAACUGACGCGUCUCCGCAGACAGGAUGUUGGACUGAAGACGCACCUGCAGCAGCUGGAUCAGCAGAUCAGUGAGCUCAAACUGGACGUAUGUAAAGCUUCUGCUGAACAUCUGGAGAGUGACAGCAGACCCAGCUCAGGAUUCUACGAGCUCAGUGAUGGUGGUUUGGGCUCUCUGUCCAACUCCUGCACGUCUCUCUACAGCGAGUGCCUCUCAUCCUCAUCCCAAGCCAGUUUACUGCCUCUCUCCUCACUUCCCUCUGCACCCCAUGCUGUUCUCCUUCCUGCUCAGGCCGAGGUCUCGCGCCGGCGCUCUGCUGACGAGUCCACAGCUCAGCCCGAUGCGCCGCGAGGGCCGGGAGUUCGGCUGGGAAGCAGCGGGAUCCGGACAACAUCAGUCAGCUCAGAACGAGCCAGACAGAGACCUGUCUCAACAGGUGAUCUUGAUCGAGUCAUUAACCCUGGUUUUGGAUACUGUAAACCAGUUGACAUGAAGACCUCUGCCGUGUGCAGAAACCUCUGCAAUCCCACGCUGGACACCAAAUUUCAGAGCAACCUCGUGUCCCGCAAUGGCAUGGAAGUGUACCGCUACCCCAGCCCCCUGCACGCAGUGGCCCUGCAAAGUCCCAUCUUCUCUCUUAGUGGAGAUCAGGAAACACCGGUGGGCUCUGAGGCCCAAGAGAACCCUGUAGAAGUGGGACUUAUGGAGGACACUCUAUCCAAGCAGGACUUAUCCGCCUCCAGACCUGUAGGUUACAUCGUCAAACUGGUCCAGCGCAGCUCCGGUAAGAUGAACCUCCAGAGAGAGCUGAGUACAGAAAAGCUCUAUACCUCCUGUAGUGACACCCAGGGUCCUGGAUUAAUUGGUUCCAGAGCUCAAGUUGGGAACUAUGGGCCCGUGACUGUAGCUGAAGUGCAGGGUGGCCUACAGCAGAAAACGUUGUACCUGGAGAAUCCAGUAGACUCUGGAAAAUAUUCACCAGCAAGAACUAGUGGACAGGAGCAAAUGAUCUCCUGUCCUCAAAUGAUUAGUGAUGGGUUUGAAGAAUCCAAACCUGUGUGCCAAUUUCGAUGCCCAACAGGCGCGAUGAACCACAGACCUGGUGUUCUGAUGGGUCCUACGUUUAAAGUCAGGGAAAAAACUGAGGACCAAAAGCAAAGCACUCUGUUUCACCAUAAUAAAAAUAAUAAAGAUGACUUUAAGGCUACAGCCACAGUCUCCAAGCCUUCAGAGAGCAGACUCAGCCUGAUCUCCUCCAGCAACGAUGAGAACAGAAGCAGUGACGGAAGUCACCAGAGGACUGGGCAGUCCGAAUUCGUCCAUGCCCAGUUUGUGCCCGCAGGGUCUCAGAGGGUGAAGGUGCAUCAAGAAGAGAAGAAAACGAAGGCUGUAAAACUACGGAAGAGAGGAAAUGAAAAACCUCCAGGCAAGAAACACCAACAAAGACACUCCUUACGAGAGCUGGAGAAGGACAGAGGAUGCCACGUUAAAAUACGUGGAGAAACGAGAGACACAAAGCAGAUCAGUGGUCGCCUGAGAGAGGCCCGGGUUCGAUCUUGCUCAGAGUCUAGUCUUCUUGGACCUGGAAAUCCAUGUGCUUCUUCUUCUACUACUACUAAUGCUCACCUUCAGUCCAGCCAGCCUCAGCAGAGGUCUAGCAAACCUCGCAAGACCUCCCAAGUACCCGAUCUGGGCAACUCUUCUUCUGUUUGUCAGUCGAGAAGGAAACCGAACUCUCGAAAGUGGCCUUCUGCCUCAGAGAUCCAGCUGCCCCCCCACCCUUUACAAACCCACCACCAAAGAUCCAGAGAGGCACCCACCCACAGACUCGCAGGCCUUUGCCCACAAAAGCCAGGCAUGAGACCCCACUCAGGACAUUGGGGUGGCGUUCCUCAUCCAAUCCAACCACCUUUUUCCUCGUCUUCUUCCUCCUACUUCAACAACAUGAACCUCAGGUACCCACCAGCACCUGCUUGUACCCGCUACCCCCCGAGGUGCGAGUCCGAGUUCUCCGAGUACUCGGCUGAGUGCGCCUCCCUGUUCCACUCCACCAUCGCCGAGAGCAGCGAGGGCGAGCUGAGUGACUUCACCGCUAAUCGAUUCGGGGACAGCGAAUCCAGCCAGGGCUCUCGAACCGCCUCCGACUCGGACAGCAGCCUGUCCCUCGAUGAGGAAGACAUUUUGGAGGAAGAGGAGGAUGAAGGAGAUCUGGUGUGGGCUGAGGCAGCUGUAGGCCCGACAGCAGCUGGGCUUUCCCUGCAGAAUCAGCAUCCCCCCCGACCUGAGCCGGUGGCGUGCCGAAUCAAAGCCUCCAGAGCCCUGAAGAAGAAGAUCCGCCGUUUCCAACCAGCUUCACUUAAAGUCAUGACUUUAGUGUAGAAAUCCUGUCCGGUCUGGAUCUUCUGCUUGCAGUAUUUUUAUUUGAGACUCUCAGAGGCGUUUCUCAGGCCUGGUCUGGUGCAUUCCUGCCAUGGUCUUACUUUAGGAUCUGCUCUGCACUAAAAACACACACAUUUCAACCCAAGGAUUGCUUGUUAAAUAAAACUGGAGCAAAGAAAUGUGCCAAAAUGUGCACAGUAUCACCAUUUGGACUGCCACUCCCAUGCUGUGCACAAAUCUUAAAAAUAUCUUACCUUUUUUUUUUUUUUUUGUCCAGUGCACAAUUCUGUUCAAAUUUCCGUGAUGCACAAUAAUUAUUGUGAUAUUUUGCAGCAGAUUCUUAAAGAAUACCAUUCAAAGUAAUACAGCUUAACCAAAUAGUACAUUACAUUUUGUAAUGGAACUCUUAUUAAUAGUGACAAUAUUAAGAUUUUAAAAUGUGUGUAAUGAUACAACAAAAUAUUAUCCAUCACAUUGCCCACCUUUACCCUGCCUUCACUUCAUCUGAAGUAAUUCCAUACUGUAUAUCGUACUAACCCAAAGACAAAAAUCCCGAAAGUGAAGAGAUGCGGAACAUGUAUAUGCAGAAUGUACUCUGUAAAUAUAUUUUUGAAUAUAUCACCAAAAACAUUUCAUUUUUUUUGUCAAAAUUCAUUCUUUUGUGUAAUAUUUUGUUUUGCACAUUGAUUUAUAGCUAUGCAUCUUAUUAUCUUUGCAAAAUAAAUGCUAUUUAAUAUUCCAACAA